AUGCGCGUCUCUUCACCCUUGUGGCGCUCAGUCGAGCCAUUUCUAUAUACGCAGGUCGAUAUCAGGACGCCUGCCUGUUUGAACGCAUUGCUGCGGACCAUGAAUGAGCGUCCCGAUCUUACUGCUUCCAUUCAACACCUCCACAUAUGCCGCACCAUUCAUGCAGACCUUGGCGCCGCUGCGAACCCAGAUCAAUUGGUGCUGACCACAAAAAGGCUGCUCAGUCUGCUUUCCGGCCUGCGUUCUGUGCAUUUUGAUCAGUGGCCGGCCAGUCCCGGUAUCCUAGCAGAAUCCAUCCAGGGGGGAGGGCCAGCGGGUUUUCCAAAGCUGAAGAGAGUCGUCUUGAAGGAGAGAAAAACACUGAUUAACCAGCUACGCCCGUUAUGGACUCUUCCGGCUAUCGAGAGCAUCGAAAGCAGCGUAAGCGCCCCGGAAAUGAUGUCUAAUAGCUGGCCAACUGCUGCCACCCUCCAGAAUCUCUGCCUGAAGCCAGCAGUAUUGGAGGAAAAGAGCCUGGGGUUGCUAUUACAAGCGUGUCCGUCUUUAAAAAUAUUUACUUAUGAUCGACGAUGCAAUGUUGGUGAUGAGCCAGAAUUACUCCACUGUGCAAGUCUUACCACCGCCCUGCACCAUGUCAAGGGUACUCUUGAAGAACUGGAUUUUGGUGUUCUCCUCUAUUCCGACUAUGCAGAAGAGGUGGAGUAUCUGGAGAUAUCUCCUGUACUUGGCCACCUGGGACCACUGGAUUCAUUUAAAGUCCUCCACAAGCUCAAGGUCCCGGUGGCCGUGCUGCUGGGGUGGUUUGCUAAACAAGCACCGUCUCUCGCGGAUAUCCUACCGGGUUCGCUGUCCCAUCUAUGCUUAACUGAAGAUCUGUCAUCGCAAUGUACAUAUGAAUGGUCCGAGGAGUUGGUUCUUCAAAAGCUGCAGCCUUUCUUCGCAGCCGCUCGUCAAACAACUCCGCGUUUGAAGACAUUUGAGCUUCUGCCUUGUCGUGACUUUGAUCGCUGGGCGAUGCCUCUGGAAGAUCGACUCCGCGCGAUGUGCUCCCAACAUGGGAUAACCUGCAUCAUACCGGAGAACAAGUGA